GGAAGUGAAACGCAAAAGCAAAUACAAGCGAGCAGAAAGGGAGCUAAUGAGGUUUAUGAGGUUUAUAACCUGAAAAACGUUGUUAUAAAAGCAUGAUCUCGCGAGUAUGGUGUGCUCUGGUCGCUGCUCAGCUCGGGUUUGGAGCUUAUGGCGUGAUUGUUACUGUUUUUGCAAAAGAUAGCAAAGCCGAUCCACUUGUGUUUUGCCUUCUCCAAGAUGCUGGGGCUUUCCCUGUAAUGUUGAUAGCAGCGUUUUGCAUCGAAGGAAAAGUUAGUGUACCUUCCCUGAGGUAGGCUUUAAUGUGUUAUAUCUUCGAUCUAGCUUGAGUAUUUUUAUUUUGCUCAUGGGGACAUGUUUUCCCGGAGACUUAAAAUGCUGCUAAGGAACAGACCAAGGCUGCGAAAUAUGUUGUUUUUAACGCGAGAAAAACAUGAAUAUCUCCACCCUGCUUCGUUAUUUAAUUCAGAACUUGAACAAACUUUGUGAUAUCGGUCGUGUUAUUGAGUUAAACUUUUUAAUAAUAAGCCUGAGUAGAGCAGGCGUUUUAUACGAACGCUUGAUUGUUUAAAAUUCGAUCGCGUUAGGCGCCAUUUUGGCAGCAAUUAAAAAUUGGACUCCUUGGACUUCGGGAAGCGGCAGGGGUAUUUUGCAGAACGCCGAAUGCAGAACACCGAAUGACUCUGAAGUUUGGUGAUUAGGAUUAGGAAUCUGAGUGAACUAAGUUUCAGGUCAGAUUUUUUAGUACAACGACCCUGAAUGGAACCUGAUUCACUCAGUUUCUUAACCCUCUUCACUUAAACUUCAGAGUCAUUCGUCGUUCUGCAUUUGGCGUUCGGUGAAUGUAGAACACCGAAUGACUCUGAAGUUUGGUGAUUAGGGUUAGGAAACGGGGUGAAUUAUGUUUCAGGUCUGUUUUGCCAGUUUUUAUGACGCUAAGUGGAACUUGAUUCACUCGGUUUCCUAACCCCAAUCACUAAAUUCAAAGCCAUCCGGUGUUCAGCAUUCUGCAAAAUACCCUGCCGUUGGGGAAGGGAUGGUAAGAGGACAACAGAAAUGUCUCCUAGCAAAGCCUAUGAAAUGGCCCAUUUUACAGUUACGGUAUGAAUGAGAAAGGGGAUGGAAUUGAUCUUGUUGUGAUACAACCCUUCCUGCGUUCUGAUGUAAAUCAUGUUGUUCUCAUACUAGCAAGUCGUUAUCAAGCAUAAUUAAAUUUAUUUCCAUAAGAAAACAAAGAAGGUUUGUAUCAAAACAAGGUCAACCUCAGCCUUACUUCACUCGAAGGUUGGGGAGUUAAACCCACAAAUAGAAAAUUGUCUUUUACAGAAUACACCCAAAUUGGUUGUGCUUGAUUGCUUUUGCAGAAAUACAUAAACAGACUUUGAAAAUUGAGUUUGUUUUCAGUGAAAGCCAGAAAUUUACUUCCGCCAACUACAUUGACACAUGCAUUUGAUAAGUCUUGUUUAAUCCAAUAGGAUAUGCUGCUGUGCUUUGUACUUGCUGAUUCUUUUCUUUUUCGUUGUCAUUAACCUGGACUUUGUCUUAGUCCAUAAGAUUACAUGCAAAAGAAAACGAACUUUGCCAAUAUCCAGCCAUCUUGAUGUCAUGCAUGAUCAAUAACACAUAUUUUAUGUGAUAUUGUGUACAGUAUAAUUUAUAAUAAAAUAGCACAGAUUAGUGCAUUUUUUUCAGUAGAGAUGACAGUUUUAUACGAAAACCCUUUGUUUUUCUUGCAGAAGCAUCCCACUGCUGAUGGUCCUUGGUUUUACAGGAAUGUUUGUUGGCCAGCUGCUCUAUCUUUUGGGCAUUUACUUAACAAAUGCUAAUCUUGCAUCCAUGUUUCAGCCGUCGGUGCCAGUGUGGAGUGCGCUUCUCACCAUACUGUCAGGAGUAGAACCACCUCCUAUGUUCACAAAACCUCAUGGUGUGGCCAAAAUUUUUGGCAUUUUCUUAGCAGUUACUGGAGCUGUGACAAUGACCAUUGCAAAGCUUGGAGGUGAAGACAGUCCUAAUGAAGAGUCUUGGUUCGCCAGCGGCACAUCUGUUGGUAGUCAGUUCGUGGGUUGUAUCUGUCUCCUUGUCCAAGUCGCAAGCACUGCAACGUAUUAUGUAAUUCAGAAGAAGUACAUAUUCAAUCAACCAUACUCUGUUUGGAAGAACCAGCCAAUUGCCGUUACUGCCUGGAGCUACUUAUUUGGUGCCCUUUUCAUGGCUCUUGCAUCACUUUCUUACAUCAAUCACCUGGAGAAGUUUGCCAGUUUCUCUACAGAGGCCUUCUACUGCCUUGUGUACGCCAUCUUUAUCACAUCGACAAUGUGCUACUUGCUGUUGUCAUGGUGCAACAUGCAGGCUCCAUCCACCAUAGUCACUGCGUCAUGGCCUCUGCAGUCCCUAUUCUGUGCACUUUUUUCAUUUAUAUUUCUUCACAAGUCACUGCAGCUGAUGGAGUUUUUUGGAGGCAGCUUCAUUGUUUGUGGCCUUGCAGCAGUUUUGUGGUCAAGCUAUACAGAAGACAGGGAACUCAACAUGCAACUCAAUGAAAGGAACACAAAGGCCAAGCUACCUCAUAAUUUGGACUGGAAAUUCUCUGAAGCUAUAACUGACGGUUAUGUGGUGGUCCCUAACGAUGACAAUGAGUAACUUGCACAUAAUAGAAUACUACACAUUAUAUUGUCAAAUGUUCUGGGUUUCCAUUCUAACGACACAUUGGUGUACAUUGUACCUAGAGUAAAAGAGGUUAUUGUUUCCUUAUAAGCAAAACAUUUGCAUAGGAAUUGUUUUUAGUCAUGAUUGUGUUUCAGAAACAACUGCAAUGGAAUCAUAAAGCUUAUUAGAUUAUUU